AGCAUGCUUCUCGUCAUGUGUCUGGACAGAAUGCUCCUGCUGUGUACUGUGAUCUUUGGCUUCUGGAAGGACACCUAUGCUGUGUCCCCAGUGCCCUCUGUCCCAAACGAUGUCCCUGCCUUUGCAGGCUCCUGCGUGGUCAUCCCCUGCUCCUUCACUCCUCCAGCCUCUCACUCCAUCCUGGGCAGGCAGGGGAAGGUGGUGGGCGUGAGGCUGCGCUACAGGACUGGUCACAUCUUCCUUCUGUGGAGUACAGCUUUCAGUUCGGAUGACAAAUCCACGGUCAGCAAGGAGUUCCAGGGCCGGACAUCCCUCCGGGGAAACACGGACGAUGGAGACUGCUCUGUAAUGAUUGACAGGGUCCACCUGGCUGACUCCAAUGUCUAUCAGCUGGCACUGAAGGGCCAUGGACAGAAAGACUGGGGGAAGGAGAGGAGUGUCAAAAUCAUUGUGUCAGAGUCCCCAGAGCUCCCAGUGAUCAGCGGUGUGAGGGCAGCUACAGAAGGACAGAUGGUGUCACUAAACUGCAGCAUCAGUUACUCCUGUCCCUCCCAGGCCCCCACCCUCCAGUGGCGGUGGGAGAGAGGAGCUCAGGAGAACAGCAGCGAGUACAGGGAGCCUCAUGUACUCCAGCCCCAGGGUCAGGGGCCUACACUACAGACCUCUCUCACCUUUAUCGCAUCGUAUCGCAUCAAACCCAGAAUGAGGUGUGAGGCAGUAUAUCCAGGAGGAAGAAGAGUAUACACCGUAAAGGAGCUCCAUGUGACAUUCCCUCCAAAAGAUGUCACAGUCCAGGUCCAUACCCUGACUGUCCAGGAGGGGUUGAACGUGUUACUGGCCUGCUCCUGUAAAGCUGACCCGCCUGUGACAGAGUACAGGUGGUCAUACACCCAACAUGGGCUAACUGUAGACCUUCACCAGCGCACAUUUACGGUCCGGGUAUACAAUGUGACCCGAGACAUGAGGGUCCGCUGCACAGCCCAGAACCUCAUUGGACGGGCAGAGUCCAAAUUGACUUCCUUAAACAUUCAAUACAAGCCUGUCAUCCUCCAUCUCUCCUCCUACUGUGUUGUGGAAAGGUUGGAGGUUCUGUGUCGCUGUUCUGUGGACUCCAACCCCCGGCCUGCCGUCACCUGGAGUGUCAACGGUAGUGUUCCACCAUACAGAUACAACACAUCAGUGUGCUCAGAGAAUGGUACACUAACAGCCAUGCUGAAGGGCCACAUGGACACUCCACUGAGGGUAGUCUGCUUCGCCAUCAAUGCACUGGGCAAUGACUCCCACACACUGCUUCAGGCAGAGGAUGGUUCUCUGCUGUGGAAAGUGAUACCUGCAGUAUGCAUCUCUUUGGCCACCUUCCUCCUCUCUCUACUCCUUCUGUUCUGCUGUCGAAAGAGGUCAGGGAAACGUGUGCUGACCUGCAGACCUCCGGUGUAUCCUGGGGACAUGGGGAUCUACCAGGAUCGGAUGCCCCUCUACAUCAACUGCACUGAGGUCACCAACAUCUACAACAAUGGCAGUUACCAGUUGGUUUACCAGAACAGCACCCCUCUUUUCGUCCAGACCAAACAGACACAUCCGAUGGGGAGGCGAGAUGGGGGGAGACGAGGUGGAGAGAGGAGAGGGGGAGAGAGAAGAAGAGGUGAGAGACGAGGAGGGGAGAGAAGAGGAGGAGAGAGUCAAGGGGGAACGGUGGACAGAGGAACAAGAGACAGACAAAGCCCUGCCUCCAAUGACAAUAACACUGAAACAGCUAUCUACCUGGAGAUCAUCUGAGUUCAUCUCUCAGUGAGGUAUGUCAUGGAUAGCUCUGGUCCAGAUCGUUAGCACUAACGGCUUGGACUAGAGGUAUGUCAUGGAGUGGAAGAAAGCUCUUGCAGUGUAUAACAAUACAAGCACGAACGUACUGUUUGACUGAUGAAGAUAAUGGCACAAUGAUAUCAUAUCCAUUUGAUAUCAUUUUGCAUGAUUAUACAUACUGUUAUGCAAAAUUAUACAAAAUGGGUUAAGUGGCACAUUAAGAUGAUCCUUCUCUCCUUUAAAAUGAUAUAUACAGUUGAAGUCAGAAGUUGACAUACAACUUUGCCAAAAACAUUUAAACUCAGUUUUUCAAUAUUCCUGACUUUUAAUCCUAGUAAAAAUACCCUGUUUUAGGUCAGUUAGGAUCACCACUUUACUUUAAGAAUGUGAAAUCUCAGAAUAAUAGUAGAAAGAAUGAUUUAUUUCAGCUUUUAUUUCUUUCAUCACAUUCCCGGUGGGUCAGAAGUUUACAUACACUCAAUUAGUAUUUGGUAGCAUUGUCUUUAAAUAGUUUAACUUGGUUCAAACAUUUUGGGUCGCCUUCCACAAGCUUCCCACAAUAAGUUGGGUGAAUUUUGGUCCAUUCCUCCUGACAGAGCUGGUGUAACUGAGUCAGGUUUGUGUGCCUCCUUGCUCGCACACACUUUUUCAGUUCUGCCCACACAUUUUAUAUUGGAUUGAGUUCAGGCUUUGUGAUGGCCACUCCAAUACCUUGACUUUGUUGUCCUUAAGCCAUUUUGCCACAACUUUGGAAGUAUGCUUGGGUUCAUUGUCCAUUUGGAAGACCCAUUUGCGACCAAGCUUUAACAUUCUGACUGGUGUCUUGAUAUGUUGCUUCAAUAUAUCCACAUCAUUUUCCAGCCUCAUGAUGUCAUCUAUUUUGUGAAGUGCACUAGUCCAUCCUGCAGCAAAGCAACCCCACAACAUGAUUCAGCCACCCCGUGCUUCACGGUUGGGAUGUGGUCUUCAGCUUGCAAGCCUCCCCCUUUUUCAUCCAAACAUAACAAUGGUCAUUAUGGCCAAACAGUUCUAUUUUUGUUUCAUCAGACCAGAGGACAUUUUUCCAAAAAUGAUGAUCUUUGCCACAGUGUGCAGUUGCAAACCGUAGUCUGGCUUUUUGUAAUGGCGAUUUUGGAGCAGUGGCUUCUUCCUUUCUGAGUGGACCUAUCAGGUUUAUGUCAAUAUAGGACUUAUUUUACUGUGGAUAUAGAUACUUUUGUACCUUUUUCCUCAAGCAUCUUCCCAAGGUCCUUUGCUGUUGUUCUGGGAAUUGAUUUGCACUUUUCUCACCAAAGUACGUUCAUCUCUAGGAGACAGAAUGCGUCUCCUUCCUGAGCGAUAUGACGGCUGCGUGGUCCCAUGGUUGUUUAUACUUGCGUACUAUUGUUUGUAUGUUCCCAAGGAUGAACCAGACUUGUGGAGGUUUCUUGGCUGAUUUCUUUCGAUUUUCCAAUGAUGUCAAGCAAAGAGGCACUGAGUUUGAAGGUAGGCCUUGAAAUACAUCCACAGGUAUACCUCCAAUUGACUCAAAUUAGGUCAAUUAGGCUAUCAGAACUUCUAAAGCCAUGACAUAAUUUUCAGGAAUUUUCCACCAAGCUGUUUAAAGGCACAGUCAACUUAGUGUAUGUAAACUUCUGACCCACUGGAAUUUUGAUAAAGUGAAUUAUAAGUGAAAUAAUCUGUCUGUAAACAAUUUUUGAAAAAUUACUUGUGUCAUGCACAAAGUACAGUGGGGCAAAAAAGUAUUUAGUCAGCCACCAAUUGUGCAAGUUCUCCCACUUAAAAAUAUGAGAGAGGCCUGUAAAUGUCUUCAUAGGCACACUUCAACUAUGACAGACAAA